AGCCUCUCACACCAUUUCUCAUUCUCCAAUUCCUUCCUCUGCUCUUUGAUUAAUCCAGGUUUCAGUUUAGAAAUCUCUCUCGUUGUUUGAUCUGAAUAUGGCAAUGUCUCUGAGGAGCGUUUCGAGUUUUUUGGUCUCGAGCAAGCAAGGGGAUGGUGGUGCUGGUUUUAGCAGCAGCAGCCUCUUGUUGAAGGGCUCAAAACUUGGAUCUUCUUCCUCUUCUGGUCUGAGUUUUAAUCAGCAGAGAAAACCCAGAAACCUUGUGGUUUCUGCGUUGAACGAGACGGUGCUGACUGGUGUUGUGUUCCAACCAUUUGAAGAGGUCAAGAAGGAGGCUCUUGCUGUUCCUGUGGCACAUCAUGUUUCGCUUGCUCGUCAGUGUUUUGCAGAUGAGUGUGAAGCUGCGAUAAACGAGCAGAUCAAUGUGGAAUACAAUGUGUCGUAUGUGUACCAUUCCAUGUUUGCAUAUUUUGACAGGGAUAAUGUUGCUCUUAGGGGCAUGGCCAAGUUUUACAAGGAAUCAAGUGAGGAAGAAAGAGAGCAUGCUGAAAAACUGAUGAAAUAUCAGAAUAUACGUGGUGGAAGAGUUAAGCUACACUCUAUUAUAAAUCCCCCUUCAGAAUUUGAGCAUGUUGAGAAGGGAGAUGCAUUGUAUGCUAUGGAGUUAGCUUUGUCUUUGGAGAAGCUGACAAAUGAAAAGCUCUUGAGUUUGCAUAGGGUGGCAGAGGAGAACAAUGAUGCUCAAAUGACAGAGUUUGUCGAGAGGGAGUUUCUUAGUGAGCAGGUUGAAGCCAUUAAGAAGAUAGCUGAGUAUGUCACCCAGUUGAGGAUGGUUGGAAAAGGACAUGGAGUGUGGCACUUUGAUCAACAGCUCCUUCAUCAAGAGGAGAUGCUGCAUCUUGGAAAUUAGCUGCUGGUUUAGUACUACUUGUAGUGUUUAAUGUCUUGAAGUGCUUUCUCUGCAUAUGUAAAAUUAUUACCGUUGGCCAUAUCUAUGAUUGAAGGCAUAGAGAGCCUUCAACUUAUCUAGAGAAGUGAGUGUGUUUUGAAGUUUAGAAUUUUCGAGUCCUUAUUCAAAUGAAGUUGCUAUAAUAUUGUAGUAGAACAUUUCCAAUGC